AUGCCAUCACGUUUCUGCCGAAGCGAGGAAAUGGACAAAAUCGGACGGGUAUUACAGCUCCAUGAUCUCGGUGGACCUCCACGCACAUACCCGCAUGCACCCACUCGACCACCACAGGGGUCUGCAGGUAGUCAGGAGAAAAGAGGAGCCAUGGAGCCAACUGCACUCCAACUUCCCCCCUCCACUAUCCCAUCAGGACCUACCUCUCCUCGAGCUAGUCGACGCAAGGUCCAAGGGCAUACUGGCGUCACCUCCCCAAAGCUGCUCAUGGCACUGAGAUCGUGA